CCACACUUGGUUCAUCCGAUGAUGCAAUCCAUUGUGAACCCAUCAGUUACUGGGUUUGUCAUCAACACUCGAAUUCCCCCCCCCUUUCUUCCGGUUCGAGUUUGUGAUUUUAUAUUUACCGUCACUCUUCUAUUCCCUACACUCACAAAAACACAACAUACCUCCUACUCUACUAGGCUUUUUCACAACUUGAAUUCCCAAACCCCAUUGCCCCCCCAAAACAAUUUUACAAGCCACCAAAAAUGUCCCACCACGUCCUCCUCCUAGGCGGCCACGGCAAGGUAGCCCAGCUCCUAACCCCCUUGCUCUUGAAGCGCUCCUGGACUGUCACGAGCGUGAUCCGGGCUCAGGAACAAGUCCCCACGAUCAAGAAGUUGGGGGCGAGCCAGAAUGGGAAGCUGAAUGUUCUCGUCAGGAGCCUGGAAGAUGUCAAAUCUACAGAUGACGCCAAGAAAGUCAUUGAAGACGCCGGGAGGGAGGGAGAAAAGGGGGUGGACUAUGUUGUUUGGAGUGCCGGUGCUGGUGGGAAGGGUGGUCCGGAGAGGACCUACGCUAUCGACCGCGACGCCGCCAUCCACUUCAUCCGCGCAGCUGCCUCCACCCCCUCCAUCACCAAGUUCUUAAUGGUGUCUUAUCUUGCUUCUCGCAAGGCAAAGCCUGCGUGGUGGAGCGAGGAAGAGUGGAAAGCCGCCCAACAUGUCAACAAUGAGGUCUUGCCGACGUACUACAAGGCCAAGAUUGCUGCUGAUGAGGAGCUGUACCGUGUUUCGAGGAAGAGUGAGACGCUUGUGGGGAUCAACCUCCGGCCUGGGACGCUAACGCUGGAGCCGGCCGGGAAGGUGGAGUUGGGGAGGACGAAGGGGUCGGGUGGGGAUGUGAGCAGGGAGACGGUCGCUGUUGUUGCUGAUGAGUUGUUGGCCAGGGAGGGGGUGAGGAAUGGUUGGAUUGAUUUGUUGGAUGGGGCCGAGGGGGUGAGGGAGGCGGUGGAGAGGGUUGUGAGGGAGGGAGUUGAUGCUGCGGAGGGGGAUCCGGUUUACGAUGAGUAGUUACGCGUUGUGGUAUGGAUUUAUGGUGGAUUUUGUCUACUCGGGAGGAUCCGCGUUGGGAAUGGUUUUAGUGUUCGGUGAAAGAAAGUCUGCGGGUUGUCAAUGAAUGCCGACAAGAGACCGACUGACGCGAGCCGUGGGAGCAACCAGACUGUCUGACCUACGGGGGGCAACCUCCAUAUAGCCCUCCACCAACUCGGCCGUGUAAUCAAUAGUCAUUUGGGUCGUACGUAAAUUCGUUUGAUACCGGCUCACCCUCCCAUGUGCCGGUCACAGUCAAUCACGC